AUGGACCUGAUAUGCAGACUUGGACAAGAGGGACGGAACGUGGAGUUAUUCACGGUGAUGGCUUGGUUCAUUUGGUGUAGAAGAAAUAAAUGUCACUUCAAUGAGCCUAGCAUACCAGUGGAUAAGCUACUUGAGGCUGCCUUAAAGUCCUUAUCAGAGUUUCAGAGCAAGCAGCUUGCUGGUACUACACACCAAAAACCAGCAAUGCCCAAAUGGCAACCACCACCAAAGGAUACCUACAAAAUAAAUUAUGACGGCGCAAUAUUUUUGAAGUCAGAGGAAGCGGGUAUUGGUGUAGUGAUCAAAAAUGAAAGGGGCGAGGUGAUGGCAUCCUUGGCUGAGAAGGUGAACAAACCAUCGGGAGGGGUGGGAGCUAUAGAAGCCAUGGCAGUUAGAAGGGCAAUUUUGUUGGCAGUAGAGUUGGGUUUUCAGCAAUGUGUUGUUGAAGGAGAUUUAGAAAUUGUGUUCAAAGCUUUAUCAAGAGAAGGUUCUAAUCAAUCAAGUUUUGGUCAUACUAUAAAAGAUUAUAAGUCUAUAAUGGGUUUACUAAAAACCUGUUCUUUUUAA